AUGUCUUCAAAAUCUCCUGCACACUACGAAGCUGCGAAAAGGAGAGAGCAAACUCAAUCGGCAAUAGGCAGGCUACUGACAGCUAUGCCUGCCAAGUCCCAAUAUAAGAGUCCUCAGAAUUCAACCACGAUAGACACCAACCCACAGCCCAUAGCUCUUCCCAAAUGGUCGGCAGAGAACCAGUCGUAUAUCACCGCAAACAUCAACGUCCUGCUGAGUAAUGCGAUUACAGCCCGGGAACGAGCAGACGCCAAUGCUUACAUUGAAUCGCAAAGGGCCGGCACUACUAACACGCGACAAGGUGUGAAGCGACGACGAGACUCGGUUGCGAAUGGUCAGCAGUCGCAGAAGCGGGCGAGGGGAAGUUCCAAAGAAGUUUUGAAUCAAUCUCCAACCAAUGUAUACGACCUGCCCAAACCUAUCCAGAUCCAAUACUUCCCUCUCCCGAUCAAGGAUCGGGAUGACCAAUGGUACGGGGCGCUGUUCAAGCGGCUCUUUACUGAUGUGAUCAAGUUUGUCGAUGACUACUUUGUGCUGCACGAUCUCGAGCUCGGGGACUUCCACCAGCCGUGGGCAUUGAAAUGGAACCCGGAGUUCAUCUUCUGGGCGGAGCAGGUUGCGGAGGAUGAUCCUCAGGUUGGGAGUUGGGACGAGCUGUUGAGGAAUUCGUCGGAGCGGAAAUGGUUCUUGGUUGCUAUUUUGGUGAAGAUUAUCAAGGUGAAGAUAUUCGAUGCGGAUCUGUGGGGUGCGAAUCAGCAGCAAAAGGAGUUGUUGCUCGCGCUUGAGAGAUCGAUGUUUCAACGAGAUGGAUAUACCCGUACAGCUCUACGUGCCGAGACGUGUCGUAGCAUUAUCGGCGCAAGGGCCGUCACGGAAAACUUCUACGAAGAGGUUGCGAAACUCAACGCCCAAGUAUAUCUCCUGCUCGAGCCCCUGACCAGCUACCUCUACCGCCUGGAGCCGUCCGACGGAAAGACAAUCCCAGGCCCAGCCAACCAAUACCAAAGCCUCCACAACCUCAUCUCCUCAGCCGCCUACCUCUCCCUGGCCGUCCGCAUGUCCCCCACCAUCUUCUUCUGGGUCGACGUAUCCCCCGGAACCUUCUACGACCAAGACGACCAAACGAGCCUCGACAACAUCUCCUACACCCGCAGCAAGCACGCCGUGACCAGCGCAUAUACCAUUGCGCGUAGUCAAUGGGUAGCUGAGAAACAGGAACUCGAUGACCUAGUCGCGGACCUCGAAAUGCGAGGCCAGAUCACCACACGCAGGGGCACGAAAGCCAAGCAGAGACAAGCAGCCAUGCAAACGCAAGCGCCGCGCCAACCGACCUACGAGUACCGCGCGAUGGCCAAGAUGGGCGUCUGGCCAUCCAUCAAGAGAUUCAAGCCCGGGUCGGCAGCGGACGAGGAGCGCGAGAAUGAGAACCCGCGCGAGAAGAUCCCAUUGUAUAUGAAGAACGGGUCGAGGGAGUAUGAGAUUAGCAAGGGAGCGGUGGUGUGCUAUUAUGGGAAGAUGGGGAGGAGGCAGGAUGGGAGGGUUGGCUUGGAGGAGUUUGUGGAGCUGAAGCAGAGGGAGUGGGAUCCGACGGUGGGGAUGGUGGUGGGGAAGAGGCCGAUGAUUGCUACGAUUGUGGGGGCGUCGGCGUUGGGGAUUCUGGCUUUGGCGUUCAAGUACCAGAUUGCUGAGAAGACGGGGAUUCAUUUCCAUUUUGGAGAGGCGGUUGAUUUUAUAAACGGGGUUGGGUUCUAG